AAUUCCUUUUCCUUCAACGUCAUUUUUAACAGCGUGAUGGAAACCACAGGAGUUUUUUUUGUUAAUUUGUUUCCAGAAUGUUGUCAAUAAUAAUCUUUUUUCUUGUGUUUGAAUCACAUCAAGGAGACCAUGUCACCAUUGAGGCGUGGCCAAGAUUACAGCCAAGCAACAAGAACUAAAACAAAACACUAUUAAUUAGAGAUAAGGCCAUUGAAUUUCUUUAGUCAAUUACUUGGAAUCAGAAAACAAUAGUAUUUAAGAGCACACCCUUCCUUUGCAAGACAAACUGAGACUGAUGGACACUCCUACAGACCCACCAUGAAGACCUCUCUGGCGUUGCUGCUUCUCGCUUUCAUUAGUAGCCGUGCAGUGGAAGCGCUGUUGUGUUACCAAUGUAAUGCUGCUCUCUCCAACAAUGCCUGCAACAUGAAUACCGAGAACUGCUCUGCUGGAGACACCUGCAAGACCACCGUCAUCAGAACGAAUGGAGUUACUACCAUCACAAAAGCGUGUGUCACAAACAGUGCCUGCAACAUUGUUAUAUCCUCCAAUGUUAGUGUUGGGGUGCGCGACGAACGUAUAGAAACGUGCUGCAAUACGGAUCUGUGCAACGUGAACGGCUCCACCACUGCCAGGCUCAAUGUGCUGCUUCUGGGGGCUUCAGCAGCUCUGCUUUUCCUGGUCAGCAAGAUCACAGUGUAAGAGCAGCAGCACACAGCACUACUAUCACAGCGUAAGGGCAGCAGCACCCAGCGCUACUCUUCAUUGUUCUUGAGAAGAGUCAUGUGUGCAGUUUUUCUCUUACAUGUUGAAGUGUUCUUCACGGUACUAUAAAUACCUUUGACUAUGAAGCUCUGUUAUGUGUUGUGUGGGUGUGUUUCUCUGUUGUUUCCCUUUGUUACCAUGUAUCUCUAGCUCUGAUUUUAUAACGAUAAGUGUUAUAGUAUAUGAAGGUGGCACCUGAUAUUGGUGUCCCGUGGGUGUUUUAGCAAUUAGAUACACUGAAGGUUCUGCCCUUCUCUAAUAAAU